CUAGACACACAUAUACACACACACACGCCAACAGGCUCCAACACAAAGGACAUGCACAAGCACUGACACUGAGGAGUCAGUCAUGCACAAAUGAGGCCAACUAUUAAGGAAUCCAUAUUAACUGAGGAGGGGAACAGCUGACAAAGCAUCAUGCCCCCUGUUCCCCUAGAAGAUCGCUCCACUCCCUUGCCUCGUCCCCGCUCUCUUCCUCUGCGGGCUCCACCUCAUUCAUGUAUGGCUCCUGAAGUCAGAGGCCUGCAACCUGGCCACAGAGCACCAUCACAUGCUGACCUCACUUUGCCUGGACAACUUUCACAGCUCCAACCCCCCCGCUGGCCACGGGAACCCUGUUCUCGUCGGAGGGGUUCUCCUCCAUCGCCAUCCACACGGUCACCUUCAUGCUUCCGUUGGGCGCUUCACCCUCUAAAAUGUGGCUGCAAAGGCUGUUGGCGCCUACUUCGUCCUCCAAGAAAAUCUGUGGGUUCAUCCUGCAGCUGUGACCCUAUUGUAACUUUUGAUCCACAAUUUAUAGGGAGCUCAAGGGUGAGCUAUGAUGAGGAUGAUGAUUACAGCGUACGUGCUAUUUGGCCAGAUGAGCUGGCUCGGAAAAUUAUGUCACGGACAAGGGGGGGAAUGCUUGCGGGUUCACCCUUGCUACUGGACCCAAGAGGUUUAGAAGGGUUUGAGGUAGAUGAACCAGCACGUCCCCAUUCUCCUCCUCCACCAUCAACACCACCACCUUUGUCUCCAGUUGAGGGGACAAACAGGAGGAUUCAGAGUCUGUACCUUCUACUUGAGCCAUUAACAGAGAGUUCAGGAGGAACAGGCAGAGCUUUGAAUGAUGCCCCAACUGAUGACUGUGUUCUGCCAGUGGAGGUGUCCCCUCCUGUGCCACUGUCUCCUGACCUUGAGAAAGCUGAGCUGAGCCUCAUCUUGCCUUUUCUGUUCCUGGGGAAUGAAAAGGAUGCCCAAGACCUAGCCUGCAUGAUUACCCUAAAUAUAGGGCAUGUGUUGAACAUCACAACUCAUCUGCCUUUGUACCAUGCUGAGUCUGGGGCCUUGAGGUACAAGAGACUACCAGCCACUGAUAACAGCAAGCAGGACCUUCGUCAAUACUUUGAAGAAGCCUUUGAAUUUAUCGAAGAGGCUCAGCAAAAAGGCAAAGGAGUGCUGAUCCACUGCCAGGCUGGGGUUUCUCGAUCUGCGACCGUGGUCAUCGCCUACUUAAUGAAGCACACUCUGAUGACUGUGGGAGAUGCAUACAAGUUUGUGAAGGGAAAGCGCCCAAUCAUAUCUCCUAACCUAAAUUUUAUGGGGCAGCUUUUGGAGUUUGAAUCUGAUCUGAACGCUGGAAUUACCCCAAGAAUAUUGGUCCCCAGGCUACGGGGUGUUGAGAGUGAUGUGUGAUGAAGAGAAAAGAAGAAAGGAAAGACUUUGGUAUGGAGGGGGAAAGGAUGGAGAGGAAGAAACACAACGAGUCACGAUUACACAAGAAUUAAAAUCUACAAGAAACCAACAGAUCAUUGACAGCCUGCAGCCCAAUUAGAAAAGCAGAGUCAGAUCCCGGGGGACGCACAGCUUCAGUGUCUGCAGAAAAUCUAACUUCACACCCCAGCAGUCUAUCAGCUCACUCACAGUAAAAUACUACAGCAGCAGUCUGAAAUCCCAGAGGAGCCUCACAAUCUCACAUCCCAGUUCAAACAGACUCUGUAUUAUCGACAGAAAAGGUGUGCCGAUGAUAUGAUCACAAAAUGUGAAUCGGAUGCAAAUUUAUGUCACAGUUCUCGAAUUGC